AUGCUGAGACCACGUCCUCUGCAUGCUAACCGUGGCCUGCAGCUGCAUCACUCGCUGUCAAAACAACCAAACAAACAAAAACAACCCCCGCCACCACCCCUGCGGGCCGCCCAUUCUGACAGCCUGGAAUUUCCGAUCUCCUUCUUUUGGAGCGGCCGCCCAAAGGUGGAACGACACGACGUCGGCGUCGCCCUUGCUAUCCGGGACGACAUCGUGAAACAACUGCCCUGCCUGUCGCAGCGCAUCAACGAUUGA